AUGGCGGCUGUGCAAUACGAAGAAAUUCUUUAUGAGGUGAAUGACCCGGUGGCGGUCAUCACCAUGAAUCGUCCGCAGGCACUUAAUGCAUUCACGAAUCGCAUGCUGGCGGAAAUCAAACACGCACUGGCAACAGCUGAAGCAGAUGAGGCGGUUGUUGGCAUCAUUCUCACCGGUGCCGGACGGGGCUUCUGUCCUGGAAUGGAUAUGAACGCACUGGAUAACUUAAGUACCGGCGACGGCGGUGAGCAGGAUUUAUCACACCUGAAAUCAGAUCCAGGUGAUGCCUCCUUAGGAGACAACUUCAAAAUCACCUUCAGCUAUCUGCAGGCCAUCCGCAAACCCGUGAUCGCUGCUAUCAAUGGCGCUUGCGCUGGCCUGGGCAUGGCCAUUGCCAGCCUGGUUGAUCUGCGCAUCGUUGAGCGACAGGCAAAAUUCAGCACUGCAUUUUCUCAGCGGGGUCUGAUUGCCGAGCACGGCAUGAGUUGGACGCUGCCGAGGCUGGUGGGCUCGGGCAACGCCCUCGACCUGCUCUGGAGUGCACGCAAAUUUGAUGGCGAAGAGGCACAUCGAUUGGGAUUUGCCGAGCGCCUGGUUGAAACAGGCGCUUGCGUGAUCAAAGCGCAGAUUCAUCGGCACAUGAAUAUGCCCCUGGGUGAGGCAAUGUCUGAAACAAAUACGUGGAUGGCACAAAGCCUGGUGUCCGCUCAUUUAUCGAAAAGCGCCCGCCUGAGUUUAAACGUGUCACUACCUGAGCCGGAUCGGGUUUACACCCUCACGGGCCAUCACCUUGACCUAUCCGUGCUGGAACUCGGACCACCGGACGCGCCUUGUGUUGUGAUGCUGCACGGUUUACGUGACAGCGCCCGUUCGCUGCUGCCGGUGGCGCAGAUCAUCAGUCAAAGCGGCACCGGUUUGCGCGUCCUGUUACCCGACUUACGUGGUCAUGGACAAAGUGGUGUGGCCCAGGCCUAUGCCAUGCCGAACUACCUGUUGGAUGUACUUGCGGUUGUCGAGCACUGCAACGGACCGUCAACGGAAACGCCUGUCGGGCUAUUCGGGCACAGCCUCGGCGGGCAGAUCGCUGCGCGUUUCAGCGCCCUGUUUCCGGAGAAAGUGGCGGCGCUCAUUAUGGUAGAGGGUAUGGGUCCACCCAGACGACCCAAUGAAGGGGAUCCGGUCCAUGAGUUGGCCAGCUACCGGGCCGCCCUGCUGCAAAGAUUGACUCUGCAGCGUGGCGGCGGCAGGCCACUGGCAGAUUACUCUGACGGUGCUGCACGUCUGCUGCGCAACAAUCCUCGCCUGGAUCCAGCAAUGGCAGAAGACAUUGCCCGUCACCUGACAACCCUUAUCGACGGUCAGUUACACUGGAAUUUUGACCCCCAGGCGCGCAACGUUUUUAUCGGCGUCAACACCCUCGACAACACAAAAUACUGGCAGCAGAUAAAAGCACCUGCCUGCAUCAUCAGCGGCACCCUGUCCUACCAGUAUUGGGGAAAAGAGCUGGCUCAGGAAGGUUUCACCGGACACUUUGCCGAACGCGAGAUGGAAAGCCGCGCUGCCCUCAUCCCUCAUCAUGAACACCACUGGAGCAAGACAAUGGAUGACAAGAUAAUCACAACAGACCUGAGCCAUUUCGACGGCGCGGAAAUUGUUGCUGGCCUGAACACAUACCUGCGCCUGCGGACAACACCCAUCGGCAUGAAAAUGUUCAACAGCAAAGCGGAAAUGGAAGCUAUCCCACGCAUCCGCCGCCCCAACGACAUCCACACCACCGACCAGAUUGUUGGCCAGGCUUCACGCAAUGGCUGGACAGUGGGUAUCACCGCAGAAGAUCUUGUGGGAGCCCAGUGCAGUACCGUGAUCGGUCUACACCCACGCAGCGACGAGUGGCUAUCCGGUGAUCGAAUGACCGGUGUGUGGUACGGCACUCAGGAAGAUGCCGCUGCGCAUCAGGCGGCCAUGGACGUUGUGCCAUUUGGUCAAUAUGCGGCCAUGGCGGUCAGUCCGCUGGCCAGCGGCCGCCUGAACCCGCCGGACAUCUGCCUUAUUUAUGCAACACCCGCACAAAUGAUUUUAUUUAUUAAUGGCCUGCAAUGGACCGGCUAUAAAAAGCUCGAAUGGGGAUGUGUGGGCGAAUCCGCCUGCGCAGAUUCCUGGGGGCGCGCCCUGGCUACCGGCGAGCCGUCUUUAUCUAUACCCUGUUUCGCAGAACGUCGUUAUGGCGGCGUGAUGGAAGACGAAUUGCUGAUGGCCAUACCACCCAGCUUUCUACCUAAGAUCAUUCAAGGCCUGGCCGCAUUAUCCAACAACGGUCUGCGUUACCCUAUUGCCCAAUAUGGCGUGAAUAACGAUGUCCGCGCUGGCAUGGGUGUCAGUUACUGA